AUGAGCAAAGCCAUUCAAACGACGCCAGUCACGCUGCGCUGUCUAAUCGCCGCACAGAAAGCUGCACCUACACCACCAGUUGGCCCACUACUCGGAGCUAGAGGUGUAAAAUCGAUGGAUUUCUGUAAAGAAUUUAACGCUAAAACUGUUCAUUUGGUCGCUGGUACUCCCACUCCAACGCAAAUCACGAUAAACCCAGACAGAUCAUUCUCAUUCACUACGAGAUCUCCACCAACAACCCAUCUCUUGAAGAAGGUCGCUGGUGGUAUUGAGAAAGGUACUGGUCAGCCCGGCCACGAGACUAUCGCCACUAUCUCAGUCAAGCACGUCUACGAAGUGGCUGCGAUUAAGUGCCUUGAUAAAGAUUUACAGGCUAAGGGAAUUGAGAACGUCGCUAGGAGCGUGAUAUCAACUGCUAAUAAUAUGGGCAUAAAUGUUGUUUAUUAA